AUGCAGAAUGCCGCUGCAUCGAGCACUGGAGCAGACAAUUUGGCUGUUCUUAUAGACAUGGGCUUUUCUCAAGAACAAGCCAAAGCAGCUUUACAGCGUGUAGAAAAUUUAGAAGAUGCCAUUGCAUUCUUACUUAAUGAUCAAGUCCAACCGUCUCCACCACCAUCAUCUCCAGGUGUUUCCCAAGGUGAUACAAGUGAAGAUGAAGUGUCUUAUGCUACGAAUCCUCGUAGCAUGCAAUUCAUCAUCAAUACAAGUCAUCCACAUUUGUCAUUUUCAGCUUGCUUAUUAAAUAUUGCCCAAGCAUCAUUCGAUCUCUACGAUCAAAUAAUGCAACAUCGUUCACAGUUGCUGUCAUUCAAAUCCUGGCAUCAUCAUGGUGAAUCCAAACAAUUAUUUGAAUGUGCAAAUGGAAAUCAAUUACGAGAAUUAAAUUCGCAGCUAGAAAUGACCAUAGAUGCGAAUCAAAUCUGUACAGCAUUGACAUAUGAUUCGAAAUACAAUGAACCAGUAUGCUUAGCUAUCUUUGGCAUUGCAACAUAUCUUGAACAGUAUACAUCUCAAUUCAAACGCUUACGAUUAUGUCCAUCGAAAUUUUUCAUCCAUGAUGAUGGUGAUGAAGACGAAGAUGACACGAAUAACGAUCAUCAGAAUAACAAGAAGACUACUACGGAAAACAAAACUAGGAACAGUGCAGAAAGCCAGUAA